AUGACGCUGUCGUAUAACACCAAUGUGAUCAUUAUUGCCUGUGUAUCUAUUCCCAUUGGGACACUUGCUGUUGUUAUGAGGUUUCUUGCAAGGGCAAAAACCCAUCAGAAGUAUCAGGCAGAAGAUUGGUUCUCUCUUGUGGCUCUUGUGGGGUUUCUAGUCUUUCAAUCGCUAGUACUACACAAUAUACACAUGUUAGGCGAGAAGACCUUGUACCAAAUUCAUCCUGAUACCCUCACUAGCUAUCUCAAGUACCUCAUCGCUGCUAUGAUUGCUUGCCCGAUAUCUUUUGCCGCCGCAAAGUUCAGCAUCUUAUUCCUCUACAUGCGAGUGUUCGGAGUAAAUCGACAUUUCUCCCUCGGUGUCAAGAUCGUAGGAGUAUUGAACUUGCUCUGGAUGCUUGCAAGUGUCCUCUCACUGAUAUUUCAGUGCACUCCUGUCCGCAGGGCAUGGAAUCCUAUGCUACCCGGCACUUGCUUUAAUCUUAGCACAUUUACUGUGGCUGUUGAGGUGCCCAACUCUUUGCUGGACUUCGUUAUGAUGGCUCUUCCAAUAUCCAUGCUCCGAAAGUUGAAAAUGCGUCUCAGGGACAAGAUCGUAAUUGGCAUAACUUUUCUUCUUGCUGGCGCGGGAUAUUUCCGACAAGCAGACGGGGGAUACAAACUCGAUGAUCACACUCCGGAGAGAAGCGUGUCAACUCAUGUAGAGGGGACCGUCGGCAGAGAUACUCGUUCGGGGGAGGAACAUACAAACGACAAAUCUCUCUAUACGAAAGGUAUCAGUGUUCAAAAAACAGUUGAGAUUGUCAAUCAGAAGUAG